UUUGAAGUGCUUACUGUAUGCAGAAUGUUGUAUGACACACUGAGAGAGAGUUAGCCAGUGAGAAUUAAGCAUGGACCCAGUCCCUCAAAAGGCUCACAAAUCUGCGUCUUUCAAUAGCAUGAAGUGCCUAAUGUAGAAAUAAUAGCCGGAGUCCAGGAUUUAGAUCAGAACAAACAGGCCAGUCGAUACACGUGACACCAAAACACAGAGUUAGUCAUAAUUCAGCAAAAAUAAAGUAUAUAGAGGAGACUCCUUAAAUACACUUCGAUGGUAAUGUUUUUUUUAUGCUCAGUUGAAAACAGGUGGUAUCGGAUCCGAAGGUCCAUCACUGAUUCCUACGAGGACUUUAUGUUUCAUUUGCAGUAUUAUGGCCACUUCAGAGAGCACAGUGAUCGUUUGCCAGACUACUAAGCACCAAUGUGUUUGGAAAAGUUGCCCUCAAAUCCUUUCGGAAAGGGACAGUUACCCCAAGAGAAGUGAUUUGGUCCAGCAAGAGGAGGAGAAGAAGAAGCUAGUAUGUACCUUUAUGCUGGACGCAAAACUUUUGAAGAGCAAUCAGCUACUUUAUGACAGCACGGGCCAGGGGACCCCUCAGCUGAGGGAACCCCGAGAGCUCUUUGCCUUUCCUGCUCUGAAUGAAUCGCUGCGGGCCCCACGGUGGCCAAUAGAAUGCGAAGUCAUCAAGGAAAGAAUCCAUCACAUUGAGUGGAUUCCACCUCUACCUGAGUAUUUCUAUCAACCGACAGGACAGGAGAAGGUGCCACAGAUUGUAGGAGAGGAGAAAGGAACUGUUGUAUAUCAUAUAGAUUCAGCAGCAGCAGCAGCCAAUGGUGCCCAUUUCACCAGCUCCAGAGUGGGAGGCAGACGAGGAAUCGUCAGGCCAUCGGCCGUUGAUUUGAAAGGGCCCGAGGACAAUACUUUGCUGUUCGAAUCAAGGUUCGAGAGCGGGAAUCUUCAAAAAGCUGUCAGAGUAGACACCUUCGAGUACGAACUCACCCUCCAACCGGACCUGUACACGGGCAAGCACACCCAGUGGUUUUACUUCCGGGUCCAAAACACCCGAAGAGCGGUCACCUAUCGCUUCACCAUCGUCAACCUAACGAAAGCCAAGAGCCUUUACGCCACGGGGAUGAAGCCCCUCAUGUACUCUCAACUGGAUGCCCAGACCGGCCACGUUGGCUGGAGGAGAGAAGGGGGAGACAUCAGAUACUACAAGAGCAGCCAAGGUGUGGGCCAGCGGCCUCUGUACUGCCUCACCUGGACCGUCCAGUUUCCCUACGACUACGACACCUGUUUCUUCGCUCACUUUUAUCCCUACACCUACAGCGACCUGCAGCGCUACCUCCUGAGAGUGGCCAACGACCCCGCCCGGGCUCCAUACUGCAAGCUCCGGAGCCUGUGUCGGAGCCUGGCCGGCAACACCGUGUACCUCCUCACCGUCACCAGCCCGUCCAGAAGCCCCAGAGAGGCGGCCGCCAAGAAAGCUGUGGUCAUAAGUGCCCGGGUCCACCCCGGGGAGCCCAACGGCUCCUGGGUGAUGAAGGGGCUCCUCGAUUUUAUCCUUAGCGAUGCUCCGGAUGCGCGACUUCUCCGAGACGCGUUCCUCUUCAAAGUGGUGCCCAUGUUAAAUCCGGACGGGGUCGUGGUGGGGAAUUCCCGCUGUUCCCUGACGGGCAGGGAUAUGAAUAGACAUUACGGGACCAUCCUGAAGGACUCCUUCCCUUGCAUUUGGCACACCAGGAACAUGAUUAAGAGAAUCCUUGAAGAGCGAGAGAUUCUGCUGUACUGCGACUUUCACGGGCACAGUCGGAAGAACAACGUCUUCAUGUACGGUUGUAACAAUAAAUAUGACCAUAAACGCCAACUUCAUGAGCGAGUCUUUCCUUUAAUGUUGAGCAAAAAUGCCCCAGAUAAGUUUUCCUUCCAGAGUUGUAGGUUUAAGGUCCAGAAAUGCAAAGAAGGUACUGGUCGGGUUGUGAUGUGGAGAAUGGGAAUCCAAAAUAGCUACACUUUGGAGUCCACAUUUGGAGGAUCAACGCUUGGUCAUAAGAGAGAGAUUCAUUUUACCACAGAGGACCUGAAAGCCCUCGGUUAUCAUGUCUGUGAUACUUUACUAGAUUUCUGCGAUCCUGACCGCUCCAAGUUCAGGCAGUGUUUAUCAGAGCUUCAAGAGAUACUUCAGCAAGAAAUCUGUAAAAAACGUGAGCACCUUGGACGAGAGAAGGAUUUGGAAAGCACUUGGAAUGACAUCUCUUGGUCUGACAUUGAAUCCAGCACCAGUGGCUCCGAUAGCUCCGAUUCCGAUGGCCUCCCUGUGCAUCUACUGAACCUCGUGGAAAAGAAAAAAAAGAAGAGGAAGAAGAAGAAGAAGACGCCUCUCCAAACUAGAAAACAAAGAAACGAACUGCGUCAGAAAAACAGUCUGAUCUGGGAAUCAAAGUUAUCGGAAGAGAGUCCAGAAAGGGGAGCAUGUGCCGACACACAGAAAAAACCUCACAGACUAUUCAGGAGUUCAGAGAAAAGCAAUUCCUCAGCAGAGAAGAAGAGCGAGCUACAGUCAGCCAGAGGAGAGAGAGGGAGAGGAAGCCCAAGCCCCAAGACUCUACAGAAACUCACCACCAUGACUGUGGUAGGGAGGAACAAUGAAAUACAGCGCAAGAACCCAGGAGGUCUAGCUGUCUCAUACUUGCCGAAGAAAGAAUCAAGCAAAGGGCUAGGUGCAUCUCUAGUGGAGUUUGCCUGGGCAGAGAGUCUGAUACAUUCCCACCCCUCUCUUCCUCAAGUAAAGAAGCUCCAGCCCUUAUUGAUCCCCAGGGUGCCUCCAGCUCAAUCAGCAAUCUCCAAAAGAUUCACUUCUACUGUUAAACAGGGUCAAAGUGUGCUCCGUGGACAACUGAGCCAAGAGGGUUGUGAGAAACAUGCCACCUUGCACAGUGUACUUAAGAGAGGCGGGAGAACAUCAGCACAAACUUCAUCACUCCUACGGCACAGGUACUGUGAGCUGUGGGAACGUCAAACGAGGCCACCGUUAUGGUAUUAAUCAUUCCCCUUGGAGAGCCUGGUAAAACUAGGAGCUGGUGUUGGAAUCCAAAAGCAACUUUUGUGAUCUUGCAGUUGAGUAGCGCUUUAUCUUUAAGACUUCAGAUUCUUGUGGAAGCAAAAGAGAAACACUUCAAAUCGUCUCAAAACCAGCAGCCCAACUAAAUAAGAAUAAUGUGCUCUAUCUGGGCACAUAGAGAAGAAACUAAAUGCUGAUCUUGGUAUGCAAAAGAAUGUCAAAUUUUUCAAGAGAUUCCAUAAUCGAAAGGACACGAGCUGGGCGAAAAGAGAUCAGUGCCUCCUAACAGAGGCAAGCUGCUGGGAUUCCUGGCAAGAAAACCAGCGUCCAAGAGCCUCUGCAAAGGCAGGAAAUGCUCCUGUUUCCCAAGACAGUGACUUUGCUCACACACACACACAAAAAUGGUGAUUGCCUGUGUGGCAGGAGUGAUUUCGGGAAGCAGAUUUCAUCUGAUGCUUUAACAAUUGAAAUGAAAAGUUUAGACAGUAUGUCACAGGAGCAAGAAAGUGAGUUUGAACUGACAGAAAAAAAGUAGGAUUCCAGUUUUACCUCACAAAUUCAAGAUGAGUUAAAACGAACAGGAGGAGGUUCUUGCAACAACGCCACUCCAUUCCAUCUCGACAUCAUAUAGUCCUCAAUUUUUCGCCAGAAUUAAAAACCAGAGUAUUUGGAAUAAAAUAGUUUUUCCCCCAAGGAGACUUUGUAAAAGUUUAGCAGUUAUGCCAAAAAGGGGACUUUUAAAAAAGAAAGUCUGCUGAUCGUGAAAGGAAGUGAACCAGACGCAUAAGAAGCAGAAUCUUAGAUUAAUUUUUGAAAUUACUCCAUAUUCUUUUCAAAACUGCACUGCUACAUCAAAUUCUUCACCCUCAAUCAACAGUCAUUCAUUUUGAUGGUUCAUUAUUUUCUUUUGUGGUAUUUUUUGACCCAUGUCGUGUGGUCUUUGAAAGCUGAUGUGUCUCUUUAACAUUCUGAAUUUUUUCCUUGAAUGCAGUUGUUUCUGUUUCAGUAUGAA